ACCACUUUAACUGCAGCAGUGGAUUAGGCAUUACAGAGCCCAUUGUUCAAGCCUGAAGAAGUUUUGUGUUCUAUUAAACAACUUGUCCCUCAGAUAUGUGUGGACUGAAGUUCACCACGUUGUUGAAAUGAUCAUAUUUUCAUAAGGGAGUCCAGGAUUCAAUCUAAAACUGAAAAGCCGUGGUCAAAGGAGACAGCCAGGCCUUCACUCCGCCAGACACAACACAAGUUCAGCACAAUGAUGAACGAUGACAAUCAAGACGCAUUUAGAAAUGUCAGCCGAAAGCCAGGCCUGCAGAUAUGGACCAUCAAUAACAUGCAGCUGGUGCCUGUUCCAGCCCAAGGCUUUGGUAACUUCUUUGAGGGAGACUGUUACAUUGUUCUUCAUAUAAGCGAGAACAAGGGCUCAGGCCUUUCAGCUGACAUCCACUACUGGAUAGGAAACUCCUCCUCUCAGGAUGAGCAAGGUGCAGCAGCCAUCUACGUCACCCAGCUGGACGAGUACCUGGGUGGGAGUCCGGUCCAGCACAGGGAGGUGCAGGGCAACGAGUCGCCACGGUUCAGGAGCUACUUCAAAAAUGGCCUCAUCUACAAGAAGGGUGGAGUGGCCUCCGGUUUUCAGCACGUUGACACAAAUGUCUACAACAUCCUGCGAUUGCUGCAUGUCAAAGGGAGGAAGCAUGUCACAGCGACAGAGGUGGAGGUGUCAUGGAACAGCUUUAACAAUGGGGAUGUAUUCCUGCUGGAUAUGGGGAAAGCCAUAGUGCAGUGGAACGGCCCCCAGAGCAACAGGAGAGAGAAGCUCAAGGCAGUCUUGUUGGCUCAGGACAUCCGGGACAGGGAGAGAGGGGGUCGAGCUCAGAUUGGUGUUGUGGAGGGAGGAGAUGAGCAGGACUCCCCAGAGCUGAUGAAAGUCAUGAUGGCUGUGCUCGGCCAAAGGAGUGGGCAGCUGAAGGAAGCCAUUCCUGAUGACAAACCUGACCAGGUGCAGAACACCAGUGUCAGACUCUACCACGUUUUUGAAAACAGCGGGAAUCUAGUGGUUCAAGAAGUGGCCACGCAGCCUCUAACGCAAGACCUGCUGCACUCCAAUGACUGUUACAUUGUGGACCAGAGAGGCUCCAGUGUGAUGGUGUGGAAAGGCAAACAGGCCUCCAAGGAAGAGCGGCGAGAAGCUCUCAACAGGGCAGUGGGCUAUAUCAAAGCCAAGAACUACCCAUCCAACACCAGUGUGAAUGUGAUGAUCGAGGGAGGAGAGUCAGCAGUGUUCAAGCACUUGUUCAAAUCCUGGACAGAUAAAGGGCAAACUCAGGGUCUUGGUACCACCUACAGCAUGGGAAAGAUAGCAAAGAUAGACCAAGUGAAGUUUGAUGUGAUGGAGCUCCAUGCACGUCCUGAACUGGCAGCACAGCAGCGCAUGGUGGAUGACGCCUCUGGAGAUGUUAAGGUGUGGCGUAUUGAGAACUUGGAGCUGGCCGAAGUAAAUCCAAGUACUUAUGGACAGUUUUAUGGAGGAGACUGCUACUUGGUGCUGUACACAUAUCUAAGAUCAAACCAGCAGCAAUACAUACUCUACAUGUGGCAGGGACGUCAUGCCACUAAAGAUGAGAUCACAGCUUGCGCCUACCAGGCUGUCAACAUUGAUAACAAGUACAAUGGAGCCCCGGUCCAGGUCAGGGUGGUCAUGGGAAAGGAGCCUCGCCACUUCCUGGCUAUUUUCAAAGGCAAACUCAUCAUUUUUGAGGGUGGUACAGGCCGACCUGGUGUGGUCAAUCCUGACGGAGGUGCCAGGCUGUUCCAGGUGAGAGGGACUAAUGAGCUGAACACCAAGGCCACUGAAGUGCUGGCGAGGGCCUCGUCUCUCAACACCAAUGAUGUUUUCCUGCUGAAGACUGACCAAAUGUGCUACCUGUGGUAUGGAAAGGGCUGCAGCGGGGAUGAGAGGGUGAUGGGGAGAGCGAUGUCUGAUGUGCUGUCCAAGCAGGACAAGCAGGUGGUGAUGGAGGGCCAGGAGCCAGCUGAAUUCUGGGUAGCUCUGGGGGGAAAGGCUCCCUAUGCCAGCGACAAGAGACUGCAGAGGGAGGAGCCUCCACACAGUCCUCGGCUGUUUGAAUGCUCCAAUCAGAUCGGUCAGUUUAGGAUGACCGAGGUGGAUGACUUCGCCCAGAGUGACCUGGACGAGGAGGAUGUCAUGUUGCUGGACACCUGGGAGGAGAUUUUCUUGUGGGUUGGAAACUUAGCCAACGAAGACGAGACCAAGGAGGCGUGGAGCUGUGCGCAGGAAUACCUGAGGACCCACCCAGCAGGCCGCGACCCCGACACACCCAUAAUUUUUGUCAAACAGGGAUACGAACCGCCCACCUUCACCGGCUGGUUCAAUGCAUGGGAUCCUCAUAAGUGGAGCGGAGGCAACUCCUAUGAGGAGAUGAAAAAUAAGCUGAGUGAUGCAGCAUCUCUCUCACAGAUCACUGUUGAUCUGAACAACACUAAUUUCAGUAAGAGUCCUCUUGGGAUUAGUGGGGGUGGUUACAGGGCUCCAGGAGGCCCCAUUAGCUCACCUCCAGUCUACAGGGUCCACGGAGGUGAUCUGUCCCCCAGACCCUCUACUCCCACCAGCCCGUCCACCCAGAGACUCCAGGCCUCUGCGUCCAUGACCCAGUGCCCCUCCUCUGGCUCCUCUGGCUUCACGCCAUCAUCCUCAGCUGGUGGCACUGUGUCCCCCUCUGCUGGAGGCUCUGGUAUGUAUGUGGACCCAGAACUCCUCAUCAACAAGUCUCCCAGUGAGCUGCCGCAGGGAGUAGACCCCAGCCAGAGAGAGGACUACCUGUCCGAUGUGGAUUUUGAGAACCUGCUUGGCACAAAUCGCUCUGAUUUCCAGCGCCUGCCAAAGUGGAGGCAGAGUGACUUGAAGAAAAAAGCAGGACUUUUCUGAGAAACAUGCACUGCUGGAUUAUGCAGAAAAGUUGUCAAACCUGUCUAACUGUAAUGCGGAGAAACUUAUUAAACAAACUAAGGCAGCAUUUUAGCAAUUGUUGAGACAGGAGUGGUAGAGGCCUUGACCAUUUCAUCUGCAUAUUGUUUUUUGUUUUUUACUUUCUGACAAUAUUUUCAGCCAUCAAACAAAGUUAGUGAUUAAACAUGCUGACUAGAAUGAUCUUAUUGCUGUGAUUGUGACAAAAAGUAUCUUUAAAUUAAGAUUAUUUUCAACUGUUAUGCUUUAUAUUUAUCUAUAUUUUUCAGUGUUUUAUGCUGAUCAUACCCUGAAGUUUUCUCAGAAUAUUAUUGUCAUUUGCCAUGGCUGAAUCACUUAUAUUAUCAAUAAACACACAAAACCUUCAA